CGUUCACUUCCGCGUUCGGACUUGGUUUAUGUCAACAAAACAAAACACGCACUAAACUCCGGUCCGAGUAAAGCGACGUGGACCAGCGACUAACCGGCUCCAGAAGACCACCCCGGGACCACACCGCCUUCAUCUAACACCCCGCUCGGAUUUACAACUUUAUUCUCUUUUAUUCGAGCUUCAAAAAAAAAAAAAAAAAAUGUCAUUUUACAGACUUGUCACGACGCUGGUUCUGUCCGUGUGCUGCUGGAUGUUGGUGCUGGCGGCGGACGGGACCGAUCCGAAGCCCGUGACCACCGCCGCCGCCGCCGGCGCCGCCGCUGUCCCCGCCGCGCCCGGGCCGAGCGUGAAGCCGGCGGGGAACCACAGCACCAACAUCACCAGCCCCGCGGUGAACUCCACGGAGGCCGGCGGGAAGCGGAAGGGAACCUUUUCAGCGAACCCUUUCAGCGUGGACGGCUUCAUGAUCCAGCGGGCCCUGUACGUGCUCAUCGGCAUCACGCUCACCGGGCUCCUCUACUUCCUCAUCCGAGCCGUGAGACUGAAGAAACCCGCUCCCAAGAAGAAGUACGGCCUCCUGUCCAACUACGACGACUCGGUGGAGAUGGAGGGAGUGGAGAGUGAAGAGGACGACACGCUGUACGAGGCCCGCAGCCUGCGCAGAUGAGUGUCCUGGCUCCUGACUGGACGAGCCGCUGUUCCGGGAUCAGCUGACUCGCUUUUUGGACCAACCGACUAAAUGCCAAAGUGUGUCUUAAACCGUUUACAGUGGACAGACCGCGGACUGUGCAACUUUUCUAUCGAUCCCUUUGUGUGUGUUUUUUUUUUUGUCUCGAUUUACUUUUCACUUUUUGUGCUAAAACUACUUAAACUGACUCCAGAUCUGCAAGGCCCCAUCAGCAGAGCAGCAGCGUGGACGUAACCUGAGCCAGUCUGGUCACCGUACGAAAACGUCAAAGGUUUUUACUUCGAUACCAAGGAAUGGACGAUGUUCUCGAUGCCAAGUCCGAUACCACAAUGAGAAUUUUUAAAAAAAAACAUCUCUUGUUCGGAUACAGCUCAAGAUUAGGGCUGGGUAUCUUAAAGAAGUUGCCGAUACGAUAUAAAACUCGAUAUAUAGGUCACGAUACGAUACAUAACUCGAUACAGCGCACUUUCGAUCCAAUGUGAUAUAUUUCAAAUCGAUUCUGUGUGGUUCAAUAAAAAAUAAUGACGAAAUCACCCCUUGUUAGCCCGAUUCGCCCGUGAUUAAUUUGACCUGUGAACCUUUGGUGAUUUGUAAUAAUCGCGGACGAUGCUUGAGAUCUUAAUCCCGUGCGAAUGCGCCGUGUCUGUCAUUUUUAAAGUAAAAAUUCCGCCGUAAAUUACCUACGAUAUUUCUCCAAAAACACAGACGUCCGGUGAUAAUGACUAGUCCCGUGCAAAUCUGCAUCUCAGUGUUUGUUUUUCUUUUCUUUCCUCGUUCUUUUCUCUUUCAAACUCUGUCAGUGUCAGUAAAACAGAGUAAUUUACGGACGAGGUUGGGCAGUAAUUUGCAAAUUACGACACGUCCCCAGGUUAUGCUUAUCCCGUUCGAAUAAAGGUUUUUGUUAGACCACUUCUUGUGCAAAGUGAAUAAAGCCCUAUUCGCACGGGAUUAAUAUGACCUACGGACCUUUGGUGUUUUGUAAUAAUUGUGGAGGACGCCUGAGAUCGUAAUCCCGUGCGAAAGUGCCAUGUCUGUAAUUUUUAAAGUUAAUAUUACGCCAAAAAACACAGACGUCCGGUGAUAACACAACAGUUGUCUCGUGCGAAUCUGCAUCUCAGUGUUUGUUGUUGUAAUUCCGCCUUUUCUGUCUCUUUCCUUUCUUUUCUCUUUCUUUACUCUUUCAGUCUCUGUCAGUGUUAGUAAAACCGAGUAAUUUACGGAUUUUUCUUACAAAGGUGGGAUAGUAAUUUGCAAAUUACCAGACGUCCCCAGGUUGUAUUUAUCCUGUGAGAAUAGAGCUUUUCUUAAACCACUUCUUGUGCAAAGUGAAUAAGAAACACAAACAUUUUAAUCAUCAAAACAGUGAAAAUGUCAAAUGUGUCGCAUAAACAAGUUUCAUUCCUCUGAACAAACAAGAAAACUGUAGCUGUAACAAAAUAAUUUAAUAAAAUAUACCAUAAAAUGUCAAACUCGAUAUCGAUACUGUGCCAUCACAUUAAACGAUUCUGUAUACCGAUAUUUCAAUCAGAGGUCGGGACUCGAGUCAGACUUGAGUCACUAUUUUUAGGACUUUGAGACUUGAUAAAAUGGACUAAGACUUGGGACUCGACUUGGACUUGAAGGUCAGUGACUUGAGAAGCACUUUUAAAUCUGAAUUUUUUCUGUUCCGACCGUAAUGAUUCACACCAAGAUCUUGUUAAGACAUUUAAAAAGGAAAAAUGUACUUUUCUACAUCUCUUAUAAACUCUAUAAAUACUCAUAAAUAAAUAUACUAUGAUUUUUUUAAAGUACAAUUUAGUUUAAAAUUCAUAUAAAUUCCAAAAACCUAAACUAUAUUUGGUUCUUUUUUGGUUUAAAGACUUGAAAUGACUCGAAGCUCAAAGCAGACGACUUGGACUUGACUUGGGACUUGACUUGGGACUUGAUUUGGACUUGAGGUCAAAGACUCGAGACUCGACUUGGACUUUUCUGUAUUCGACUUGGGACUUGACUCGGACUUGAGGUCAAAGACUCGAGACUCGACUUUGACCUGAAGUCCGAGUCAAGUCCUAAGUCAAAGACCGAAAAGUCCAAGACUCGAGACUCGACUUGGACUUUUCUGUCUUCGACUUGGGACUUGACUCGGACUUCAGGUCAAGGACUCGAGACUCGACUUGGACUUUUCUGUCUUCGACUUGGGACUUGAUUCGGACUUGAGGUCAAAGACUCGAGACUCGACUUUGACCUGAAGUCCGAGUCAAGUCCCAAGUCAAAGACAGAAAAGUCCGAGACUCGACUUGGAUUUUUCUGUCUUCGACUUGGGACUUGACUCGGACUCGAGGUCAAAAACUUGAGACUCGCAAAAUGAACGACUCGGCCCCACCUCUGAUUCCGAUAUUUCCCGGUAUCGGUUCAUUCUCUUGUGAGUUUUAGUAUCGAUUAAUAUCUGAUUUUCGAUUCUAAUCUGAGCAGAAACAAACUAUCCAAUUCCCUGUGUUUCGAUAAAGCUUCACUGUGUAACUUUUCAACUCCAGCUCGCGUUUAUUCAGUCGUUUUGAGGUGUUUUUAAGCUUUGAAAAACGCACAUCGUCACUGCGAUCGGGCUCGUCUCUCGGCGGAUCUGACCCGUAACUUGGGCCGGUCGCGUCGCCCCCUCGUCUCCGUGGAGAUAGACGAGCUUAACGCUGCACUGUGGAACAUUCUAGAGACGGCAAUAACGGUAAAUCUUGACGAAAACAAACCGAAACAGAACUAACAGCCACUUUAAUUUUGCGAGGACCAAAAUUGUGAAGCCAAAUUUUUCUUUUUUUUGUUAAAUUUCUUUUUUUUAAUCACUCUGCUGUUGUGAAAAAAACGAUCUGGGAGUCUCAUGUUUUUCCUGUUUAUAAGAAAUGAAUAUUUUUUGACAAUAUUUUUCGAAUGGGUCCAGUUUUUGACGGACAAUUUCUGACUGUUUUCGGACCAAACUGUUGAAAGAAAGAAUUUAAUUUAUAUAAAAAAAAUGAAAGACUUUGAGAAAACUAAUACGAUGAAUACGUGUUUAUUUUGUGCCAAUAUUUACAGCUGACAGGAGAUUUAUUUAAACAUUCUGAGCUGAAAUGGAUAUUUUUAUGACGUGUUAAAGGAGACAUACAUGAAACAUUUCGAAAAACAAAAUGAAACGGUUUAGUUUAUACAUUCCGAGCUUCAUUAUUCAACUCUUACUGAUUAUCGGACGCUUUAUAAAACACAAAGGACUCAGGUUUUGCUCAAAUUUAUGAAACAAAUCAGGUUCAGGCUCUUUAAAUCAUUAAAAUACAGACUCAUCGAUUACCGUAUUUUUCGGAGUAUAAGUCGCACCAUCCAAAAAAUGCGUAAUCAAGAAGAAAAAGAACAUAUAUAAGUCGCACUUUUGGGGGAAAUUUCUUUUAUAGACCAAAUCAGAGACCGGAAACCGACAUUUUAUCUUGAAAAGCAAAGUUCUAGUAAUAACAGCUUGACUUAACUUGAUGGGUAUUCCGGUUCUUUUUAGAGAACCGGCUCUUUCGGCUCGGCUCACUAAAAGCAGCCGGCUCUUUCGGCUCCCAAGCGGCUCUUCAGGUUGUUUUGUUGCAAGCGGGACUAAACCAGAACUGAACCAGGUCUAAAGCAGGACUGAAAAAGGACUAAUCCAGAACUGAACCAGGUCUAAAGCAGGACUGAAAAAGGACUAAACCAGGACUAAAGCAGAACUGAACCAGGUCUAAAGCAGGACUGAAACAGGACUAAUCCAGAACUGAACCAGGUCUAAAGCAGGACUGAAAACAGGACUAAACCAGAACUGAACCAGGUCUAAAGCAGGACUGAAAAAGGACUAAACCAGAACUGAACCAGGUCUAAAGCAGGACUGAAACAGGACUAAACGAGAACUGAACCAGGUGUAAAGCAGGACUGAAACAGGACUAAACCAGAACUGAACCAGGUCUAAAGCAGGACUGAAACAGGACUAAAUCCAGAACUGAACCAGGUCUAAAGCAGGACUGAAACAGGACUAAUCCAGAACUGAACCAGGUCUAAACCAGGACUGAAACAGGACUAAUCCAGAACUGAACCAGGUCUAAAGCAGGACUGAAAAAGGACUAAACCAGAACUGAACCAUGUCUAAAGCAGGACUGAAAAAGGACUAAACCAGGACUAAAGCAGGACUAAAGCAGAACUGAACCAGGUCUAAACCAGGACUGAAACAGGACUAAAACAGAUCUAAACCAUGUGUAAAACAAGACUAAACCAGAACUGAAAUAGGACUAAAACCAGGACUAAAACAGGACUAAACCAGAACUGAAUCAGGUCUGAACCAGGUCUAAACCAGGACUGAAAAAGGACUAAACCAGGACUAAAACAGAUCUAAACCAGGUCUAAAGCAGGUCUAAACCAGAACUGAACCAGGUCUAAACCAGGACUGAAACAGAUCUAAACCAUGUGUAAAACAGGACUAAACAAGAACUGAACCAGGUCUAAAGCAAGACUAAACCAGAACUGAUCCAGGUCUAAACCAAGACUAAAACAGGACUAAAGCAGGACUAAAGCAGAAUUGAACCAGGUCUAAACCAGGACUGAACCAGGACUAAACCAGAACUAAAACAGAUCUAAAACCAUGUGUAAAACAGGACUAAACCAGACCUGAACCAGGACUGAGUGUCGGGACUCGGUCUCUGUCUCCCUCCGUCUCUCGAGCCCAAGAUUAGUCCUUUUAUAUUUAUUUAUUUUAUGCUGAACUACAGACAAACAUGCACGUUUUUUUUCUCUCCUACGCCCACGCAGAUUUCUGAAAGUUUCGUUUUCAGCCGCCGCCCGCUGUCAAACGACGAUCGACUGACACGAUGCAGACGGGACAGAGGCUCUUUCUGCAGGAGACAUGCUCAGAUACUGACACACAAGACUUGAGCGCCCUCUUCUGGCUUUUAAUAUAUAAGUAACCGAAGAAUAAGUCGCAGGAAACACCCAAACCAAGAAAAAAACGCAACUUAUAGCCCGAAAAAUACAGUACUAAUUAUCAGACGCUUUAUAACUAGAUGCAAACAGAACACAACGGACUUAGAUUUCGCUCAAAUUUACUCGACAAAUCAAGUCCAAGCUCUUUAAAUCGUCAAAAUCCAGACUCAACGAUGAUGCGCCUUAACUAUAAAGCCUCGGUAAUAAUUUGAUCAUUCGUAGUGCCUUUUCCCAGACGUACGAAACGAAAACAGCCGUUCAAAAGCGUUUCAAAAGUCUCCGUAUGUCUCCUUUAAUACAGAAUUCGAGGUGACCAAUAGGACGAGAGUUUUGCCUCAGUGUUUCCUGUUUGUGAACCACGUUUGUUUAUUUAAAAAAAAAAAAAAACGCUCAUGUCAAAUAUCGUGAGUGUGUUUUCGUGCGCUCGAGUAUCCCGGUUACGAUCGGGUUUUUCAGUAUUCUGGUUUUGUGUACUUGUAAACGCAGUAUUCGGUCAUUUUGCUGCACAAAACAAAACAAAACAUAAGGGUCCGGUCAAGCAGUAAUGGAGAGAAACGGGCAGAUGGGACUAUUGAAAUAAGUAAAGUAUCAGAAUGUAGGAAGUAGGUAGAGGUUAUGUAAAGUUAAACCUGUGAUAUUCUUUCAAGUUGUUGACAAAAAAUUUAAAAACUCAUGUCGGUAACAGAGGGAAUGAAAUAUGCAGCACUUUUUGGGCAAUAAAUCCAAACAGUGAUAACUCUUGGUUCUCACUUACAUAUCCUUAACAAACUGGUUUGAAUAUUUGCUUCAUAUAGUUUUCUACCAUAUGGUACAGGUUGAAAAACCUCUGACUUUUCCCUCCGUUACCAUGACCUUUCUUAAUAAAAAAUCUCAUUACUCAAAAAGUAACGGAGGGAAAAUUGUGCAAACAAGUAGAAGGUGCAGGAUUUUGCAUAAUUUGUCGCUUUUUUCUUCCGAAUACUUUAAUAUUUCUUCCAAAUGAAAGGAAACUAUUUCUAUAAAAUAUGUCAGUCCUUCCAAGCAAAUUUUUAUCAUUUUAAAUUUUUUUUUUUUUUAAAUCAUGUACCUUCAUCAACAGUUCAAAGAUGGAAUAACACAAGAUAUGAUGAAAUACAUCCAUUUAUUUACAUGAUUUUCAGGUCUUUGAAAUUUGGGAAAUAAUUUUUGUUCCAUGUUUCAUACAUGGUCUGUUUAAAACGUAUGGAACUUUAGAACCAAAAAUGGUACAGAAAAAAGGUCAACAGUUUGAUAAACUAGAGUACAUAUGUAUCUGUUCAAUACAUUUUUAUAUCAGAUGCAUUAACUUGAAUUUUUGGCCUUGCUGUUCCAAUCCAGAUCCAAUUUUUUCAAAUGUGACCCAGGACACUUGGAUAUGUGCUCCUGAAACCGAUACAUAUCUGAUCUUUUGACAUGUGACUUCAGUCUGAACGACCAAAGUGCAUUCAUCCACCUACACGUUAUCAACAAGACACAAACGUCACUAUUCUGCACUGAAGUAGGCGAAAAUUGUUAAUGAACUCCAUGUCACUGAAGUGAAGCACAUCUCCACUCACCACUCUUGGCUCCGUCUCCACAUCCACACGUUUCUUUCAACGGACUGAACCACAAAACACCACGACCAAAAACCUCGUCCUUCUCCUUCUCAAUCUCCUCCUUAAAACAAGUAAGUUGUUCAUGUUCUGGCUCCGGUACGAGAGGAACUUUAAAAUCUCCAGGUGCUCGAUGCUGCGUCCAUGUUUGGACAACUUCUGUAAACACAGAGACGCUCGCUGCGGUUGACGUCGUCGUGUCUCCAGUGUCACAUGUGGGACACUUUUAGGCCGUUUAAUGUUCACACUGGAGUCACAUACAAGUCACAUUUAACUGGAAAUGUGAACGACCUCGAAAAAACAUCAGAUUUCACAAAUAAAUCUGAAUUGAGCGUUAAGUCCUGCAGUCUGAACGUAGACUAAAUCUAGCUCAGUGAAACUGAACAGUUUAGGUGUUGAAGUUUAUUACGAGACUUUGUUUGCAGUUGGUGAAGUUUUUCAAAAUGUUGCCACCUUGUGCCUCCGCUCAAUUUCAUUUCUCUCCAGUGACUGGAUCAGGAAUCGGAAUACACUAGAUGAUUCACAAAAACCACGGAAGUGCGAGUUCGGGCACCAGCCAAUCAGGGAAGAGACAGACAUUCUGUGUUGGCGACGAUUCCCGAGAUCGAGGAUUUAAAGCCAGAAUAAAGAAAAUGUUUGGUGAAUUUUAUCAAGGGGAAAGACGUUAUUGUCCUUCUUCCUAUGGGAUUUGGAGCAUUACAUAUGUCACGACCAAACAGCAGCGAUUGGUUAAAUAAAAAAGUACUCGUCUACUGUCGAGCGAACGAAUCCUAACACUGUGAGGUCAGACGGUUUCCACGACGUGAAACCGUCUUAUGAAUCAGGCUUGCACAUUCUUGCAAAACGACUUUUCUUUGGGAGUAAACAUCAUGACUCAACCUGAAAGCCGAACAAAACUAAACCAUUAAAUCUAAAAUUCUGAUCUGUACAUUCUGUGAAAAUUUGAGGUUAUUUCAACAAGAAUUGCCAAAAUUAUCGGCCUGCAGUAUUUUUUGGGGGACGCCCUGUAUUUCUUUUUUGUUUAGAAACCUGUUAAAAAGCCUUAAAUUUGCAAAGUCGCUCCCUGUUUAGCUCCUUGCCAAAUCCGUGCCAUAGUUACCAUAGCAACCAGUCUAAAUAUCCAGGAAAUCCAGAUUACUGUCAUAACCGGAUCGAACCGUGACCUGGAUACUCGAGGUAAUUAUGAACGCACGCUCUGAUGUCUUUGUACAGUUUUUUUUUGUAUAAUUUCUGCGUGUUUUUCCUUCUCCGUGUCGAGUGUCAAACCAGCCGCACGUGUUCACCGCGCAAUAAAAUCAACCUUGUUUUUAAA